CCUAAACGACGUGGCACGUUGAAACGAAGGCGCUUUCUCUCUCUUUUGUCGGUGAAAUCAAUGGUUUUUUUUCCUCCUCCCAUCUUGAUCACUCCAUCUUUUCCUAGGAAUCUGAUCUCGAAGAUGAUCUUAUCAGCUCUUGGUGCUUGUUCUCGUGUAGCUCUGUUUAAAUCAGCUGCUGGAACUUUUUUUUUGGGAGUUCACCAAUGGAACUCCCGUAAUUUUCAUUUCUUCCUAGCUACCACAAUCAUCUUACGGUCUGCGCAACGCAAAUAGAGGCUCAGCUUUCUUCUUCUUUUCUUCUCUCCCAAGGUAAAUCCUUCACUUUCUUGGAUUGUAAUUGUGGUUCUUCCCGAUGGUUCCUCUCUCGACUUUGUAAUCUUAAAAAAAUAUCGGAAAGAGAAGCGAUUUCUUAUUUCUAAGGACUGGGUUUUGGUACUCGUUGCUCUAAUAAUAAUAUUAAUAAAGUUAUGCCCUUAUGUUGUUUGAUUAAAUGCCCAAGUGAGAUAUUACUUCAUCACAGCCUUUCUUGAAUCCAAUAUAGGUUUUUUCAACUGCUCUUCUCGUAUUUGUGUUAAAAAGUUCAAUCUUUUGUCUAAAACCAACUUAGUUCUCUUUUGGGUAUGUUGUGAUAUGAUGAUGACACAAAUUUGGAGCUUUUUAUGGCGAUGUUCCCUCUUCACCAUGAAUUCCCCUGUAAAGAUCAUGCCUUUCAGCAUAGAACUUCAACAGGGAAUAAAACAGGACAAAUGUUUUCCUCUGCAAGGACCUUCCCAUGUCCGGCUUUCGACGUGUUGAUGAAGGCAGCUGUUACCAGUAGUUGCACUAGUGGUCUGAAACAUAGCACAACCGCUCUGGGGAGGGAUUGUAGGGUGAAGAAGAGUUAUAUAAGAUCGAUCCCUUAUUGUCUUGUGGACCAAUCUCAGAACAAGGAGAUGAUCAAAGGAGAUGAGUUCGAGGACUUGUUUCAGAAGGCCAUUGUAAUGACAGGGAUUGGUCUCAUAUUAAGCCAUUUUGGUCCUAUAGAUGAUUGGACAAAUCUGGGAGCACUUGUAGCUGGGAUCGUGUACGGGUACUUCACUUGUCCAGUGCUUCAAUUUGGAAAAGGAAGUGAAAGACCAGAAGGGAUUGUGACUGUUGGACAGGAAAAAUAGAAUAGUGGUGAUCCAUGUAAAUCGCUUCUUGUGUUCGUAGUCUUUGUUGCGGUUCUUGUGACUUGUGUUCAGAACAAGGAGAUGACCAUAAGAUGAUUUUUUGGGAGUUCUCGUGGUGCUUGUUCUUUUUUGAGAGUUCACCAAUGGAUACCCAAAAAUUUGAAAUUCCUUAACUUUUCAAAAUUAAUUAAAAUAAUUAAAACAA